GCCCAACACGGCCAAUAAAUUAUUCGUGCUCGUGCCGGGCUUACCCAUUUAUUUCUUGCCCGUGCUCGUGCUGUGUUCUAACCGUGCCGUGCUAGCCCGUGGGCGGCACGGCCCGGUGCCCACAUACACGUACAGGCACGUCCGUGAUGCGGGGAAUGGUUCUGCAAAAACGGCCGUGUGGCAGGACCACUACUGCAAAUAUUUGAAUUUGCAAUUUUGCUCUCAUCAUCAGUUUUGCUGGCGGCUCUCGGUGUUUCGCCUUCGAAUCGUGGAGCUGUGCAAAUCACAAUAUCACAUACCGAGCAGAACCCGACCUGCACUUUAAGCUUGAGUUCAUUUCACUACCUCAUUCGGUCUUUUCCACUCUUCUUAAACCCUAGUCUGUCUCUCUGCUGCGCUCCGUCGUCUUGCCAGAUCGAUUUGCUGUAGUAGUUUCACACGAGGUAAGUAAGAUCCCUACAGUUGCCUAGCUCGAGAUGCCUAGAUUUGUCGUGUCCAGAAAUCGAAGAGAAAUGUUCUGCUUAUCUUUCGUUUCGUUUUCUGGUCGCAGUAGUAUAUCGAGAUCAUGGCGAGGAAAAUGCUUAUCGAUGGAGAGCUGAGCCAGACCAACGAGGCCGAGGAGGCUCACUUUGAUUUUGACUUGUUCGUCAUUGGAGCUGGCAGUGGCGGUGUUCGUGCUUCUAGAUUCUCUACUAAUUUUGGAGCUAAGAAGGUUGGCAUAUGUGAGCUUCCAUUUCAUCCUAUCAGCUCUGAAGUGAUUGGAGGAGUUGGUGGAACGUGUGUUAUUCGUGGUUGUGUUCCCAAGAAGAUUUUGGUGUAUGGAGCAUCUUUUGGUGGUGAACUUGAGGAUGCAAGGAACUAUGGAUGGGAACUGAAAGAAAACCUGGAAUUCAACUGGAAAAAGCUGUUGAAGAAGAAGACCGAUGAAAUACUCAGAUUGAAUGGAAUUUACAAGCGGUUGUUGUCCAAUGCCGGGGUUAAAUUGUAUGAAGGCGAGGGAAGAGUUGUUGGUCCCAAUGAAGUUGAAGUUACUCAGUUAGAUGGAACUAAAUUGCGCUACUCAGCAAAACAUAUACUGAUAGCCACUGGAAGUAGGGCGCACAGCCCUGCUAUUCCAGGACAGGAGUUGGCUAUAACUUCUGACGAGGCCUUGAGCUUGGAAGAAAUGCCUAAACGUGCUGUAGUGCUUGGAGGAGGGUACAUUGCUGUUGAGUUUGCUUCUAUAUGGCGUGGAAUGGGUGCUUCUGUGGAUCUCUUUUUCAGAAAGGAACUUCCACUGAGAGGUUUUGAUGAUGAAAUGAGAGCAGUGGUUGCAAGAAAUCUUGAGGGGAGAGGAAUCAAUAUGCAUCCAAGAACAAAUCUCACUGAGUUGAUAAAAACUGAAGAUGGAAUAAAAGUUCGAACAGAUCAUGGAGAAGAAUUGGUCGCAGAUGUGGUACUCUUUGCUACAGGAAGGAUCCCAAAUUCAAAAAGAUUAAAUUUAGAAGCUGUAGGUGUUGAGGUUGACAAGAUGGGAGCUAUCAAGGUCAAUGAGCACUCACAGACAAACAUACCUAGCAUAUGGGCCAUUGGUGAUGUCACAAAUCGAAUGAAUCUUACACCUGUUGCCUUAAUGGAGGGAACAUGUUUUGCAAAAACUGUUUUCGGUGGGGAACCUACUAAACCAGACUACGAUCAUAUACCAUGUGCUGUGUUCAGCAUACCACCCCUUUCAGUUGUCGGCCUGAGUGAAGAGCAAGCAAUUGAACAAGCAACUGGCGAUAUAUUAGUAUUCACUUCAAGCUUCAAUCCUAUGAGGAAUACCAUAUCUGGACGACAAGAGAAGACAGUCAUGAAACUUGUUGUCGAUGCUGAUACGGACAAGGUCUUGGGAGCUUCCAUGUGCGGUCCGGAUGCACCUGAAAUUAUGCAGGGCAUUGCUAUUGCGCUCAAGUGUGGAGCGACAAAGGCACAGUUUGACAGCACGGUGGGAAUACACCCUUCUGCUGCUGAAGAGUUCGUCACCAUGCGAUCUGUGAGCAGGCGCGUUGAUGGUGCUAAGAAACCAAAGACAAGUAUGUAAAUACUAAAUAGUAAUACCUAGUAAAAGAAAGGUGAGAGG